UUUGUGAGUGUUUCAUUAGUUUAUGCUUUAUAAAACAUAGCCAGUGAAUCACUGAUUAUAGAACCUAUGAUAGCUUAACUGUAAUUACAUAGAGGGUUGUGAAAUUGUUGAUUAAUCUCAGUUUAGCUAUGGGAAAUGUGAGUUCCAAUUGCAGUUUCCCAGUAACUAAUUUGCUGUGAUCAAUUCAGAAAAUAACUUUGUGUUUUAGUCAUUGAUACCAGCAACUGGUUUCAGUAGCCAGUGUUUAGAAUGCCAAGUGUCAGUGCUGUACCCGUGGCAUAUGGAUCAUUGUUUAGUCUUUGCCUCUCAGUAACUGUUCCAUUUUAUGGUUGUGAAAGCUUAUUCAGAAAGCCUAAGCAAGGUCUGCUAAGUGGGGAUAGGAGGAUUUGAGUCAAGGUCUGCUUAAUUGGAAAGCUCAUGAGAGGAAUGGAGCAGUUGUGAAUGUGGAACCUCCAGAGUUUUUAACAAAUUUCUCUUCUUUUUUCUUGGGGUGAGGAAAGGUGAAUGAAUCGGUAUGAUGUGGCAUGUGUGUGUGGUCACACUAGUAACUAUCAAUAGAUAAUAGACUUUUUUUCUAUAUUAAAUAUGACACCUAUAGUCAUCUUGUACGUACUUUUUGUUUUCAGAUUGAAGAUGGAAAAUCCCCAAGACAUUUUCUCAAGUAAUGGUGGCUGUGUAAGUGAUAUAGUUGUAGAGAAAUACCUGGUUGAAUCCAAGGAGUCUGCAUCUCAUGUUCAGCUUGCUUGCAGCAUGCAGCACUGUGCUUUCCCUUUGGAUGGGAAUGAACUUUGCAUAUGGAACACCAAGGAUCCUUCUCAUCAGCUUCUAAUCCUACGAGGACACCAUCAGCCAAUUACUGCUAUGGCUUUUGGAAAUAAAGUGAAUCCACUUCUAAUCUGCUCAGCAUCACUGGAUUAUGUUAUAAUGUGGAACCUGGAUGAAUGUAGAAAGAAAGUACUUCAAGGGCUGGUCCCGCGAGGGACUGUCAUGGGCUCACUUUUGGGAAAGGUGCUGUGUUUACAGUUGAGCCUGGAUGAUCGAGUUGUUGCUGUGUGUGCUGGAAACAAGAUAUUCAUGCUGGAUAUUGAGGCUCAGGCUGUCCUGGCCAAGCUGCAGGGCCACCUGGGCCCAGUGACCGCGGUGGAGUUCUGUCCCUGGCAAGCAGGCAUCAUCAUCUCGGUAUCCGAGGACAGAGGCUUUAAGGUCUGGGACCAUUGUACAGGAUCGUUAAUAUACAGUUCAUCUGUGUUAUCAGCAUAUCCUCUACUCAGCUUAUUCAUUGAUGCAGAAAGCAGGCAGCUGGUCACUGGGUGUGCUGAUGGCCAGCUUUGGAUCUUCAGUUUGAUGGAUGGACACCACUAUCGUCGUGUGGCACAGGUUCACCUAAGGAAGAAGACAGAGACUUUCUUCACAAGAAGGGUUAAGUCUGGGCUGUACAGCCAGCCAGAAGAAAGCCAGCUUCCCUCUACAAGUGCCCUGGUAAAAGGAGAGCAGGUGGGAGUGACGUUUCCUAUACUGAGACUUGCACCCUGUGAUCUCUCAUGUGUCCCACAUUCUGCAUGUGGAUGUCUUUCCUCUGAGAACACCCAGUGCUUGUGGAUUGGAAGCUCAGUGGGCUUAUUCGUAUUUAACCUGGCAAACCUGGAAGUGGAAGCUGCUUUAUGUUACAAGGAUUUCCACAGCCUCAGCAUCCUGUUGGCUGGAUCAUGUGCCCUGAGGAGCCGCUUCACAGAUGGCAAGGCGCUGUGCUUGCUGGCCUCCCUGUUUGGAGGGAAGAUCGCUGUGUUGGAGGUGGACCCAGCCGCGCUGGUCAUGGCUCAGCAGUGCCCCAGGGUGGGACAGGGCCUCUCAGUGCCAGCCAGCUCCUGUGUCCUUCCUACCUCUCCACUGUAUCUGGGAAUUGCCAAGGUGAAAAGCACCAAGGCUGCUAGUGAACAGCGAUGUGCUAAACGGAACGUCAUGAAGGACCAAUUCCUGGUUUUACGCAGUAAAAUUAAGUCAUCUGGUUAUGCCUCGGCACCACACUUAACUAUGUUUUCGCCGAAGACCAACAUCAAGAGUGAAGGUAAAGGACCGUCAAGACACAGGAGCAGCUGCACAUGGGAGGCGUACGCCGUGGACUGCGCUGUGCCUGCCAAGCCUGGUCCCCGGGUCGCCGCAGCCCCCGCCUGCACACGUGUGUGCUGCAUCCAGUACUCAGGAGAUGGGCAGUGGCUGGCCUGUGGGUUGGCCAACCAUCUAUGUCAGGUUUUUGAUGCCAGCCUGACUGGGACACCUGCUGUGUUUUCAGGUCACGACAGGGCAGUUAACGCCAUCUGCUGGAGCCAUGACCAGAGGUGGCUGCUCUCCACGGCCCAGGACCGGACCCUGCAGGUGUGGUCGGUGCAUAGGACAGAGCUCGCACUGCUUCUGGGCAAAGACAUGUUUUCUAAACCAAUACAGUCUGCACAGUUUUAUUACAUAGAUGCCUUUAUAUUGUUAUCUUCUGGCCCUGAAUUUCAGCUACUGAAGUAUCACAUUGACACUUGCAAAGAUGAGAUUAAGAGAUAUAAACAGAAGAGCAAAUCCAAGCUGGUUUGCAGGCUCUCCAUGACGGAUGCAGGAGACAUGACCUGUUUAUCAGCAGUAAAUGACUUUUAUUCCCACAUCGUACUCACAGCUGGCCGGAACAGGACGGUGGAAGUGUUUGAUCUCAACGCCGGCUGCAGUGCAGCCCUGAUAGCAGAAGCCCACUCGCGGCCUGUCCAUCAAAUCUGCCAAAAUAAAGUGAGGAAGAUGGAGGUGUUGGGGCCACAGGAAGAUGUUCACAGGUGCAGUAUGAAAGACCCCUGGAUUCAGAGGCUCCAUGUCCAGGGAGACAGUCUCCAUACAUGUCCGUCUGGACAGCUCUUCAGAGAGGCAGAUCCGGGACUUGGCAGUGUGGAGUUUCCCCUUUUUGAACUGGCGAAUGGGCGACUUCCCGUGGCUCCAAUCACCAGCCAAAAGGGCACCCGCACCGGUGUAUUUUGUAUGGAGAACCGGGGCUCCGGGGCGCCGACAAAGCAGCUGCGCGGGGCAAAGCAGCAAGCAGCGGCGCUGGCCGGCACGGCUGCGCUGGCCGAAACAGCCGCGCUGGCGACUGUGGAGCUCCUCUGCCCGGGAAUUUCCUAUGCGGUCACAGGAGUGCGUCUGGGCCAGCUCCUAUGUGACAUACAUGAUCUACCUGCCAGGAAGAGGCAGGGUCUGUCCCCACACCACAGCAGCGUGAACGUGGGCACAGGGCAUCCUCAUCACCCUGGAGCCCCAGACAGAGCGGGGGUACCGGAAACCUGCCUGCGACCUCAGUGCAUCAGACCAGCCCAACAACCCUCUCACCACCUUCACAUAGGGUGUGAGCGCCACUUUGAAGGGCAUCCAAACCGCGGCUAUCCAUGUGGAAUAGCUUACAGUCCUUGUGGACGAUUUGCGGCUUGUGGGGCCGAGGACAGACACGCUUACAUGUAUGAAAUGGGCUCCAGCACGUUUUCUCACCGGCUGGCUGGGCACACAGACAUCGUCACCGGAGUGGCCUUCAACCCAUCAGCACCCCAGCUCACCACAGCCACCUUGGAUGGUAAGCUCCAGCUCUUUCUAGCUGAGUAACUGCUGACCUGUGAGCUGGGCACAGGAAUGCUGCAAGGGACAACUGGAAAGUAAGAAAUGGUGGUUCAUCCAUCGCGGGGCCAGGGCGGCAAUUGCUUCUCAUACUUUGAGACUUGCGUCAGCUUUCCCCCUUAGCAAGCUCCUGCACCCUGCAUGUUCCACUGUUACAUUUUUAUGUCUUUCUGCUCCUCAAAAGGGAUACCCCUCAUUGGGAAAAUGGAAAUGGCAUCCAGUACUUCUGCACAGAAUUUGGUAAAGUUACAACAGAAUAUCCUUCGAUAAAACAUAAUACAGUAUUUGUUUGAUAAUUAGACCUGGAAGGAAAAAGAGGGAGAGGAUUUCUUUUAAGAAGUGAAAAUAAAGCAGUAAGCAGUCCUAA